AUGGUGAAUAAACCUUGGAAGAUAAUUCCAAGGCCACUUCUGGAAACCGUUCUCAACAACCAUGUCCAACGCCACCGUGUUCCUCAGCCGCUUAUCCUCCACGGUCCUCGUGGCGUCGGCAAAACCACUCUAAUUCUCAACCGUCUUCUCGGAGACUGGAACAAAGGGCCUCACAUCGCCGGCUAUGUAGAUUUCGCGCAAUCGGUAACGGAACACCAUCCGGAUCACAACCAAUCAUAUCCAUGGGCGUCGUGGACCAGUGUUGACCCACCAUUGUUGUCGAAUUGCAAAACCCAGCUCGAGAAUUGCCUUGAGUCAAUGAGCCACAAAGCUAUCAAGCUCGGGAGCAUAAGCUCGCAGCAGAUAUUCACCACCAUGAACAAAUGGUACGGUCUCAACACCGCACUCCGCCGCAUACUUCAAGGAUACAACGUUGCCGUCCCGGAGAAAGUCUCCGUCUCGUUUCUCUGGGAACGAGCAGUGUAUGCGCUAUCUGUUCGACAAAAUGCCGAUGAGAUUGAUGGGUUGCUGGAAUUGGAAGAGAAAGGUAGUAGCUUGUCUGUGGAAGAGGCUUCGUAUUAUAGAGAGACUGCAUUUGCGUUAAGAUUAGCGAGAGAGGUUAUAAGGAUGCACCAAGGUUGGAGAGCCGAUGCCAUUGCCCAUCUGAAUCGAACUAAGGGGUUUUCGAAAACAUUAGCAAAUUCAUCUACUGACUGGCCUUUGCUAAUGCUCGAGCUGUUGUCACAAGCUGCAGAGAUUGGUUUCUUCCAGCCUAAGCUGGUGUUGAACAACAUUGAAAUCUUGAAGAGUGCUGUUCAGACUGAAGAUUCAAGUGUCUCAGCGUCAAUGUACCAUGACAAUCUUGUGUGGAGGAUAAUAGCGUUAGGUGCCAACGAGCGCUGUUUACCUGUCCUAUUUGUGACUUCGGAUAGCUACUACUCAUAUCAAGCCUUUGUUGACUAUGGGUUUCCAGACAUUUUCAUCUCUCGUGAGACAUUUGGAUGGACUCCUCAAGAAGCCAAGUUACACAUGGUUCCUGAUUACUUCAGUGCUUCGGAGUGGACAAUCAUUGCUGAUGUUCUUGGUGCCAAUUCCCGGCAUCUAUUCGAGCUUUAUGCGCUAAAGCAAAGUAAUCAUUACCAGAGUUUGAUGGGGAACAAAGCAGGUACAAUUGAAGAUAUUGUGGAUGCAUACUUGGCAUAUUUACAAGUUGCUGUGGUUAAUCCUGCAAUGGAAAAAGCUUUGUUGCGGCUUCAACGGUAUGCUGCUGAUGCACGAAAGGGAAACAUUCCGGCUGAAAAAUUACGUUUUGGUGCUGCAUGGAGGCAUCCGCCGCCGACUGAGGAUCCCACUGUGUGCUCUGAGUGGGCUAAAAUUCAGCUAAUGGAUUUUGUCCAAGCUCUUGUCAACACAGAAUUUGCAGUAAAUUAUUUGGGUGACUAUAGCCUUGAGAUCUUUGAAGACCCUUCUGCAAUGGCUUUAGUUGAGGUUGGGAUACUGUAUACUCAGCGAGAUCCGUCUUUUUUCCGUCCAAUAUCUCAAGGCGUUAAAAGAUGCUUUGUUAGAUGGCUCAUCCAAGAGCGAAUGAAGAUGAGUUAUUGGACCUCAACCAAAUAUUGGUGGCAAAGAAUCAUACGUGGUCGUUAUUACAAGCACUUGAUGCUUGGCUACAGAACAUAG